CCUUAACUCUGGGGCUUCUGGGGAUGGAGAGGGGGGCAUUUCCAGGAAUACACAUUCUCUUCCCACAGAAACGCGAAAGCUGCAUAAAACUCCAGAAACUUUCAGCUCCCCGCACCUCCCAGGACCUCCGGAUACUCCAGCGCUACCCUUCAACCUUCGAGCCAAACCAAGAUGCUACUGGUGUGAUGGGAGAGGGCAGCUCCUCCCCCUCCAGGAGCCGUGCAGCAUGGGCAGGGGAUCCCCUGGCAUCUCCAACCUCUGGAACCAAGAUGAUGCUUUCCCGAGGGUGGGUGAUAAAUCGGAAGCCUGAGCAGCCCCAGGGGGCGCCUGACCGUCAAGAGUCUGGAGGAUGGGGAUGGAGGUUCCAAAGGUGCCGGUGUGACAGGCGGCGUUUACCUGGCUGCGGAGGCAGAAGAGCAGGGGCAGGAGGCACGAGAAGAGAGAUCAGAAUCCUGAGAAUAACAACUGCAGGAACCCAUACCUUCCAGAAGGCAUCCAGAACCUCCUGGAAGAUUCUAGCAAGGACCUUCUUCCUCUUUCACCAAAACAUAUGUGUGGGGGUGGAGGACUUCCAAUUCCAAGGUCUCCUCCCAAUCUUGAUCCCCACUCUCCCUCAAAGUACUCAGAACACCAGAAGCUACAACCUGCCUAUGGUAGCCAUGGGACUAUACUGGGUCCAGCCUGGGUGUUAUGGAGAUCACGCUAUUUCACACUCCUUCAUGAUCUUUUGGACUCUGGAAUGCCAGCUCCAGAAGACUUCUCCAUCAUUCCUAGGUGCAUCCUAGGACCUAGCAUGAUACCCGGCAUGGGGCAGGGACACAAGGCACUUGGUAAGUUGACUGCCACAGUUAAGCAAAGAAGGCAAAGAGGGAGGCCAUUCCCGUUUCCAAAUCCAGGGGUCCCUUUCACAGCUGUGGUAUAUGGGCUGGUGGGGAUUGUGAUUUCUGAGGUUCUUGCCUCUACCUCAGCCUAGAUGAGCAAACCUUUAUGCAUCUACAUUCCACAAACCCCCUGAUGAGAGACCCCAUGUUUCUUUUCUGAAACUGGGCCGUGAUAUCCAGUAUUGAUUCCAGUUAAUCUUAAAAAGGACCCAGCCCCUUUCCUUGUCCAUUUCCAUGAGGACACUGAGGCUCUGCGAGAUACAGUGGCUUUGCCAGGGGUCAAGCAGCUAGGCAAUGACCAUGCCAGAACUCAGCCAGAGACCCCAACCCUGGCUCAUUGCUUUUCCACAGCACAACACUGCAGCCAGAAGGGGAGAGAGGGGAGGAGGGAAGGCAAUGUCUCUCCUCCCAGAGGAAUCACAAGGAGGUGACUCCCUGGAUCCUCUUUCUCCCUUCACCACCACUAACCAGGUCCCUGGUCUCCAACAGUCAGGAAGUUCCCCUUGAUACCUCACCUCCAUCCCCGUUCUCAAAUUCCAGACUAUUUCCUCUUAGCCUGCCUUGCCUAGAGAAGGAGAAUAGCUUGGUCACU